AUGAGGCGUGACGUAGUUAGAAGGUUUGCCACCGAGUCUGGCAAAUUCCCUCCCAGAAUGGUGUUGAUCAAGGCGUGCAGAUGGGUGCGGACCAGUGCAUUGGUGAUCGCCGCGUCGCGCAGAUGUUCAAAUGUCAUCCCCGACGGCCCGGCCCCUAUUCCAUUUUCGCAUCUGCCCAACAUUUUGGCGAAGUCUGCGAGGGGGAUUGAAAGUGUUGACCCCCGUGGCGUGGGCCACGCCACCUCCUCGUGUUCAGCGGCGACUGGCCUUGGGCGGGCUGCUGGUGUCUCACCCGUUCCUGCCUCUGGCGUGCCCGUUGCGCCGCGUGCUGCUGUCCCUGGCGCGCAUGCUCCAGCCUCUGCCUUGUCCCCGAAGGCGGCAUCCACCACCACUGGCGGCCCGUCCCCGUCGGUUGCGCCCUUGGCGCCCGCUGUGAUGCCGGUUGCCCCGGCGGGUCAGUCGUCGCGCCCCCCCUCGCCUGACCGCCGCUCGUCUCGCCCACAUUCUCUUGCGCUCCACCAGGGGCGGGCGUCGUCAUGGCGUCGGCGUGAUUCACUGGGGCGCUACCACCAGCAGCCUCACUGGCCUGCUCACUCCGGUGGCCAUGGGGGCUGGAGGGGUCCCUGUGGGCGUGGUGGCGGUGGGGCAUACCGCCCGCCCGUGAUAAUGGCGGAUCUUCAGCGGGAGGUGUCGAGGGCCGUGCGCGAGGAGAGGGCGGCGCAGAGCCAGAGCAAUUUACUGCGGGCCGCGCCGGCGCAUGUGGCUCCUCGUCAGGCUGUGCUUCCCGUGAACCUUCCGUUGGCUUCUGCACUUCCUCCUCCUGUCCUUGCCCCAUCGGCUCCUGCUCCUGCUGCCUCAGCUGCUGCUCCUGGUUCUCGUCUUCGCCUGCCGCCCGUUCCGUCGGUGGCGGGGGUGGAGUUCGUUGCCGCUGGUGGCGGAGCGGCGGGGGGGCAGCACACUCCUUAUCUUGCUGCUGACGAGCCGCUUCCAUUCUUGGCGGUGGCACUUCAGCCCCCGCAGACCCGUGUUCCUGAGGCGACGCUUGGCCAGCUACACCGUCUUGCGUAG